AUGGAGCAGGCCACGCACAAGGAGAGAGUUGUUCUGCCGACCACCGUCAAGCCGUCCAAGUACAACAUCACCCUGCAGCCCGACCUCAAGAACUUCACCUUCAGUGGUGAGGAAGAGGUGACUAUCGAGGUGCUCAAGGAAACCACUGAGAUCGUGCUCAACUCGAUCGAACUCAAGAUCAGCAGCGUCGAGUUCAAGGCGGGCGACAAGGCCCUCACCGCGACCAAGAUCGACUACGACGAGAAGCGCGAGACCGCUACUUUCACGUUCGACCAGACCCUGCCCGUCGGUGCCGCCACGCUCAAGGUCGCCUUUACCGGCAUCCUCAACGACAAGCUCAAGGGGUUCUACCGCAGCAAGUACACCAAUGCGCAGAAGGAAGAGGUCUACAUGGGCGUGACCCAGUUCGAGCCGACUGAUGCCAGAAGGGCUCUUCCCUGCUGGGACGAGCCUGCCAUCAAGGCCACCUUCGUGGUGACCCUCGUUGUCCCUAAGGCCCUCACCGCCCUGUCCAACAUGCCGGUGGUGUCGGAGACGAACAAGGACGCUGACCUCAAGACUGUGACCUUCGACGAGACGCCCAUCAUGUCCACCUACCUCCUGGCCUUCGUUGUGGGCGAGUUCGACUACGUGGAGGACAAGACCAGCAACGGCGUCGUGGUGCGCGUGUACACGCCGCUCGGUAAGAGCGAGCAGGGCCUCUUCGCGCUCCAGGUCGCCGUCAAGACCCUCCCGUUCUACGACGAUUACUUCGGCAUCCCCUACCCGCUGCCCAAGUCCGACUUGAUCGCCAUCCCCGACUUUGCUGCCGGCGCCAUGGAGAACUGGGGUCUGGUGACCUACAGGGAAACCGCAGUGUUGGUCGACCCCGUCAACUCUUCUGCUGCGUCGAAGCAGUGGGUGGCCCUGGUCGUCGGCCACGAGCUGGCUCACCAGUGGUUCGGCAACCUGGUUACCAUGGAAUGGUGGACUCACCUGUGGCUCAAUGAGGGCUUCGCUUCGUGGAUCGAGUACCUGGCCGUUGAUCACUGCUUCCCCGAGUGGGACAUCUGGACGCAGUUCGUCUUCUCCGAUCUUGGUCGUGCCUUCGGUCUCGAUUGCCUCAAGAGCACUCACCCCGUCGAGGUUGAGGUUGCCGACGCUGCCGAGAUUGAUGAGAUUUUCGACAUCAUCUCGUACAGCAAGGGUUGCUCCAUCGUCAGGAUGUUGGCCUCGUUCCUCGGCAACGACGUCUUCAAGAAGGGCCUCAACAUCUACCUCAACAGGCACAAGUAUGCCAACGCUCUCACUGAGGAUCUGUGGGCCGCUCUUAGCGAGACCUCUGGCAAGCCCGUGAAGGAGCUGAUGGAUCACUGGACGAAGCAGGACGGCUACCCUGUGCUGUUCGUGAGCGAGAAGGAGUCGAAGGACGCCGAGACCACCCUUGAGGUGACGCAGAGCCGUUUCCUUUCGACCGGCGAGGACUCGAGCAUCACCACCAUCUGGUGGGUGCCCAUCGGCGUCGCCACCCCGCACGGCACCGUGCAGCAGAUCAUCAAGGACAAGACCUCCACCGUCACCGUUAAGGCUGACAAGAACGAGUGGAUCAAGUUCAACCCUGGCGUCACCGGCUUCUACCGAGUGAGGUACACCGACGAGCUCCUCAACAGGCUCCGCGCGCCCAUCGAGUCCCUGGAGCUGCCUCCCGCCGACAGGCUUGGCAUUCAGGGCGACGCCUUUGCCCUUGCCAGAGCCGGCAUGCUGCCGACCACCCACGUGCUGAGCCUGCUGAGCGCCUUCAAGAACGAGGAGAACUACACUGUCUACAGCGAUCUGUCCGCUAACAUCGGUGAUCUCGCCACUGUCGUGUCCGCCACGGACUAUUACCCCAGCUUCACCCGCUAUGCCGCCUCGCUCUAUGAGAACAUCGUCAACAAGGUUGGUUGGGACGCCAAGGAAGGCGAGGGCCACCUCAUCUCCCUGUUGAGGACCCUCGUGCUGGGCGCCGCUGGCAAAUACGGUCAUGCUGCCACGAUUGCCGAGGCCCAGAAGAGGUUCGCCAAGUUCCUCGACGAUCGCUCCUCGCUCCACGCGGACAUGAGGGCGUGUACGAGUCCGUGCUCCGAAUCUUCCGGGAGACCGACCUUCACGAGGAGAAGGAGCGCUGCAUGCGCGCCCUCGCAAAAGACGCUCGAGUUCGCCAUGGGCUCCGAGGUGCGGUCGCAGGACACCGUGUUCGUCAUCGCCGGCGUUGCCGCCAACCCCAAGGGCAGGGAGCUGGCGUGGAAGUUCGUGCAGGAGAAGUGGACCGAGCUGUUCACCCGCUACGACGGCGGCUUCCUGCUGUCGCGCCUGGUGCAGACCACCUCCGCCGACUUCACCACCGAGGAGAAGGCCAAGGAGGUGGAGGCCUUCUUCGCCGUCAACAAGGCCCCCGCCGCCGAGCGUGCCGUCAAGCAGUCGGUGGAGAAGAUCCGUUCCAACGCCCGCUGGCUCGCCAACGACGGCGAGGCCAUGGGCAAGUGGUUCGCCGAGUGGGCUGCCGGCCACUGA